AAAAUUCCUUUUCCGAGUCCCGAGGGUAUCCGCUCGUUCGGGUUCGGGUAUCUUGUUAUAUUCAGCGAACGGCAUUGCACUGGUUGGUGUACCUAUCGUUUUUUGCCAGCCACCCACAAGGGAUCACGUUCACGCGAAUUCUGUUUACCGGCGCGGAGUAAUAGACUCGAUUAAAUAAAACUGAUCCGCCUGUUCGUCGCCGACCCGUUUUUCGUGUCAUAAAAUACGUAGUCAUGGGCGUGGAUGUGGAAGUUCUUUCUCCCGGAGACGGUCAGACGUAUCCGAAAACCGGACAGACCGUAGUCGUUCAUUACACAGGGACUCUCGAUAAUGGGAAGAAAUUCGACUCCAGCAGGGACCGCGGAGUGCCAUUUAAAUUCAAAAUAGGUAAAGGAGAAGUUAUUAAAGGUUGGGACCAAGGAGUUGCUCAAAUGUGUGUAGGAGAACGUGCUAGGUUAACUUGUUCACCAGACUUUGCCUACGGUAGCCGAGGACAUCCAGGAGUUAUUCCUCCGAACGCUGUCCUCGUCUUCGACGUGGAAUUACUCAAGGUGGAGCCUUAAAGAGUUUCCCAGGGUGUACCAAAUCAACUAUACACAUCAGAUCAGACCACGGAUAAUUAAAUGCUUGAAAUUGCAUUACGUUAAGUAGUUAUCGCAUGAAUAAUAUGCCUCCCGUACUAAUCCUGACUUGAUUGCUCAUAAGAAAAAAAGAAAAAUUCGAUAUUACAAUUCUUCGUUCCACCGUUGCACAAUUCUAUUAUAACACAAAGCUACGAUUGUACAAAAGUCAUCAAAAUCACGUGGAAUAUAGGACGCCUUUCACUCUUACCUUUCGACGAAACUUAACUUUGUCAACUUUCUUCAAAGCUGAAUGCAUUCCUGUGUUGUGAGUAAUUAAAUUCAACGGAUCUCAAGGCAUCUGGCAUGUAAUCCGAUAUCUGUGUUCAUCCCGAUUACUUAGUACUUCGUAAAAACAAUCUCACCUGGGUAUUUUGUACAAAAUUUUUCAAAUAACGCAAAAACAAAUAAUUCUACUGGUAAUGUAACAGUGUGGACCUUUACACAUGAAAAUUCAAUAAAAAAUCGUCUUGUCUUCAAGUA